AUGUCUGGUGAAGAAGUUAUUAAUAGUACCAAUAGGCCAAAUACUAGUCAAUCAAGUGGUAGUGGCACAUCAAAUACAAAUUAUGCUAAUGCAUUUAAUAUUGGAUAUCAAAACCAUUUCUACCAACAACAACAACAACAGUCACUGCCACCACCACAACAAUCAUUUCAACCACCUAUGCUACUGCAAUAUCAACCCCAAAUUCAACCACUGAUGUAUCCUCAAAUGCCACCAUUAUUACCACCACCAAUGUUACCACCAUUGCAAUCACAAUAUCAAUCACCAGUUGUACCAGUUGGAAAUUAUGGACCACCACCAGUAGGACUGUUUGAUUCGUCUAAUAAUACAGUAUAUCCACCACCACAGCCACCUAAUAUUCAAAUGCCAUAUCCACCACAGUCACCACCAAAUAGUAUACCACAAUAUCAAGACGCAAUGAAUAUGGGUGGUUAUUAUCAAAACUAUGGUCAACAAAAUCUACCCAUUAAUCAAAGCCAGUUUCCAAAUCCUACAGGUUUAGUUACGAAUGUCCCACUUCCUACUGGUUCAAAUAAUCCUAAUGAUUCAAUUAAUCGACCUGAAGAUGAAAGUUCCGACAUAGAAGAGUUGAGUAAGAAUGAGUUCAAUUUACAAAAAGAACAGAAACCAAAAGAAGUUUAUUAUACGAUGGACGAACUUAAAAGUAAACUCAACGAUCCCUAUUCACUUGUUCAACUAAAAUUUGAAUACUAUACCCAAUUAAGUGAUCAUUUCAUUAAGAAAGCUCAUUCACAUGUGGCAAAGACUCGAGAUUGUGAAACCAUGAGGACUUAUCAUAAAUUAAUUAAACUUGCUAUUAAUUGUUUAGAAAUCUUGGAAGCCAAAUAUCCAUUAAAAGAUUAUCAAAGAUUUAUUGUUUAUUAUAAGUUGACAUUAAUUUAUUUACAAGAAACUGAUAGUCAAAUAGUUGGAAGUACUAAUUUACAGAAAGCAACAAAAAUAGCUCGAGAUGCAAGUAAUACACUUGAUUAUUUUAAAUGUCAAUUAUUACAUUUUCAAUAUCUUGAUAAAACGGGACUGAGUUUUUUAAUCAAUGAUUUAAAUACUGAACUUAAAAACAAUAAGGAUACAUUCACUACUCAGAUGAUUGAAUGUAUUGAAUUAUUUAAAAUCAAAUACUAUUUAGCUUAUAAUCCCGAUGCAGCAUUAGCAUUAUUAACUAGAAUGAUUCAACAAGAAAAUGAUAGUACCAAAUCAAGUGUGAAACUAUAUUGCUUAAUUUUAAGUGCCAAUUUACAAUUAUAUCGAGGUUCACCUCACAUAGCAUUGGAAUUAAUUGAUAAAGCUGAAAUUUCAAUAAAAGAAUUGAAAAUUGAUUGUCUUAUAUUACCAGCAUUAUUGGUCAGACUUGUUGCCUUUAUUCAAUUAAAUAAAGAUUGUAAAUCACUUAUACGACAGAUUUCGGAAAAUUUCAAUCAGUAUGGCAAACUUUAUCAUGAUGAUGGACAAAUUAAAUUACCAAUUGUUUUGGAUGAAUGGAAUCAUACUUUCCAUUUAAAAUUUGAUUGGUUAACCACUGAAGAAAUCUCGAUUAUAGUUCAUUUUUUAACUGGAGUUUCAUUUUUAAAGGAUUCAAGAAAUAAAUCACAAAUGUGUUUUGACAAGGCCUUGAAAAAUUUACGUAAAUUACAAAAAUAUGAUAAAUAUCAUGAUAUAUCAAUUGAUGAUUUUAAUAGAAGAUUACAACGAUUGAAAUAUUUGAAAAUUUUAUUUAAUAUUUAUAAAACUAUUAAUAAUUUUAUAUUAAAUGAUUAUAAUCUUGAUCCAUUGAAUGAAUUUAUGCAAGAAACUAAUCAAAAUGAAUUUGAAACGGAAUAUUCAAUUAUGAUUCAAUCAGUUUAUCCAUUAAUUUAUUAUUGUUUUGCUAUGUUUUAUCAUCAUAAUGCUGAUUUACAAGCAGCAAAAUAUUAUUAUUUAAAAGUUAUUCAAUUACUGGGGAACAACAAUAGCAUUAACUUGGCGACUGCUAACGACAAUAAUAUUGAUGAAAUUCUCGAAAUUAGUUGGAAUUCUUUUAUUCAAUUAUUAUUUGGAGUUCCAAGUCGAUCAGUUGCACCAAAAGGGAAAUUUAAUGAAUUAUAUGUAUUUGCAACAUUAAAUUUAACAAUUUUAUUAGAUUAUGAACAUGGAAUUUUAAAAGAUAAAACCCCAUCAUAUGCAAUUCAAUUAAAACAUAAAUGCUUAGACGAUUUACAACAAGCUUUUAAAGAUUCGGAACCUACUAUUACUAAUGCAUUUAAUCAAAAUUUCACUUUAAAAUCAGAUAUUUUACAUAUAACUUAUAAUUUAGUACUUAAAGUAUUAUUUGAAAAACAAGUUGAUUUAGAAUUUGAUACUAAAUUAAGACAAAUGUUGGAAACAUUAGGUGAUAAAUCAUCAUUUGCAUUUUUUUAUAUUUUAAUAAUGUAUUUAUUAGAUUUUAAAAUCAAGGAAGAAGGACAAAACAGUACUAUGGAGAAACAAAAAAAUUUAUUACAACAAUACCAAGAGAAAUUAAAAUUCGAUAAUGAUACUGAAUUAAUAUGUAAAUUAUUAAUACUGAAAAGUUUUAUGAAACAAUUCAAAUUAAUUGGUGAUCAUGAUAAAGCAUAUUUAUCACAAAUGCAAUAUGAACAAUGUGAAAAAAUGUUGAUGAAAAAAUUUGAAUUCCUUAAAGGUAAUGUUGUUGACAAAGAUGAGAAUUUGGAGAAUUGA